AUGAAUAAUUACAGACACAUUGAUGGAGAUAGUGGAUUGAUGACUUCAUAAUUUCAUCUUGGAGAUUCACCUAAGGCCAUUAUCGAUUAUAGCCAAAGCGAAAGAAUUGAAACUCUAGUUUAGAAAGGCAUCACGAAAUCAGAAAUUAAAAAAAGUAGAACAGGUGAAUCUUAGAGUCUGAUAGAACAUUCUAAUAUGCAAUUAAAUGGCCAUUUGUUACCUCAAAUAACUUUGACUUGCCAAUCCCCAGCAGUUUUUGAUUAAAUAGCACUUGAACUUAAAUAAUAUAACUACACUUGUAUCAUGAGAGAAGCGAAUCAAAUGAUGUUUCUUCAAACUAAGUGUGAUUCAUUUUGCCAAAAGAUUAUAAAAAACGUGUGUGCCCAAACCUACAUAGCAAGUUAGAGCAACAAUAGCCUUGUUUUAGUAAAGUAUUCUAAAUAGAAACUGAAAAUAGAUGCUUUAUCAGGGAAUUAUAAAUAAAAUGAAGAUGUAUUGUUGUCUGUUUGCACUGUGGUAAAACGGUAUAAUCAAAUACAUAAGGAUUUUGAACCUGUAGAUGAUAUGAGUCAUAUCAAUCCUUUUGCCAUCACAGCUAUUUCGAUGAACCGUAUAUAUGUUUACUUGGAUGACAAUCAAGAGUUUAAAUCAAAGUUGGAUUCCCUUUUGUAGAACAUUAAUUCAAUAGCCAAACCAAAAAAAUAAUAAUUGUAGAAAUACUUGCAAGAAAGUUCGUAAUUGGUUCUUGAUACAUUUUAGUAGUUUAAACAAAAAACGCUGAAAUAUGAUUAGCAAUAUUAUUUAAUGGCAAUAGAGAAAGUGGUGUUUGAAUCAGUUUAUGAUAAGCUAUUUCCCUUUUAUAUUGAUUUCAAUGAAAAGAAUGAGAAUCAAUUUAACAUCAAAAAAUAACAAAUAAUUGCCAAGUUCAGUGAACAUGACACAAUGGAAUUCUUGGAAAUAAAAAAUAAAUAUCGAUUAAAUCAAUAAUAUUGGAAUGGAAUAGCUGAAUUAAACAAGGUGGACAGAUCUACAAAUCCUAGGGAUAAGCUUAGAUCAAUCUAACAAAUGUUGUGUCUAAUAAAAUCAAUCAUAUACGAAAACAGCAAUUGUGAAUUAUCAACAAUGGACGAUGAGCUACCAGUCAUGAUCUACAUAAUCUUAUAUAGUGAGUUUUAGAAUAAAUUCGCAUCGAUUCAUUAUGUGGAUGACUUCUGUAAUACUGAUCCCACAAUAGAAACUGAGAAAAGAACAGUAACUACUCUCAGAGUGUCUUUGGAGUAUAUUGCUAAUGAAUGGAAUGUUUGA